AUGAUGGCCUCGAGCACCUACGACUACAUCAUCGUGGGAGGCGGCCUUUCGGGCUGUGUCCUCGCCAGCCGGCUACGGCAAUACAAGUCUGGGUCCAAGAUCCUGCUUAUCGAGGCCGGCCAGGACACCCGGUCGCGGACCGACAUACUCCAGCCCGAUAUCCUCAACCUGGGCGGAGAGCUCGACUGGACGUACCCGACCGAGCCUCAAGCGAGUCUCGGCGGCCGUAGCAUUGUCUACAAUGCUGGCAAGGGACUCGGUGGAGGCACCCUCAUCAACUCAGGCGGAUGGACCCGUGGUUCGUCCGCGGACUAUGAUGAGUGGGCGGAAGUCGUAGGCGACGCGAGAUGGAGUUAUACAGGCCAGCUGCCCUAUAUCAAGAAGACGGAAGAGUGGUUCGACGACAGCAACCCUGAGCAGCACGGCAAGGAUGGACCCAUUGCUAUUGCCUCUGCAGUGUCAACAAACCGCAAAUUCCCUCUGACGGAACCUAUUGCGGCUGCCUGGGACGAGUUGGGCGUGCCCGCCCUGCCAAAGUUCGACCAAAACACGGGUGACAAUCUGGGCCGAGCAUAUAUUUGUGAAGCACGCCGUGAGGGCAAGCGGCAAUAUUCGGCUAGGAACUAUCCCCUGGAUGGUGUCCAGGUCUUGGCAGACACUCUGGUGAAGAAAGUUGUCGUCGAGAGAGCCGGCGCGCCCAGAGCAACUGGUGUGGAGCUUGCUGACGGCAAGGUCAUCUCCGGCGCAGAGGUCAUCGUCUGCGGUGGUGCCUUCCGGUCUCCCCAGUUACUGCUGCUGUCCGGUAUAGGCGACGCAGCUCACUUGAAGGAACACAGGAUCGAGACGCUGGUUGAUCUCCCCGAAGUCGGCCGAGGGCUUCAUGAUCACAUGUCGUUUUACCAAUUCUGGAAGCUGAAGAACCCCGAAAGAGGCUAUACUCUGGGUUCUGCCAACCCUCUCUUCCAACAACCCGAAUUCGCUAUGGGCAUACCCCUCGACUGGAUCGUUUCGACCGACGUUCCUCAUGACCAAGUAGCCAAGGCCAUCGAACGAGAUGAUGGCAAGGUGCCCGACGCUACCACGCACCGGCUCCUCCGUGAGCCCCGUACGCACAUCGAGACGGUUGUGUUGUACUUCAAAUUGCCCAUACCUGGUGUUGAACCGGAUGCGGAGCAUCUCACCACCCUCACCAUCCCGUUCUUGCCAACAUCCCGCGGCAGCGUAACUCUCAAGUCUGCCGACCCGCAAGCCUCUCCAAAGAUUGACCUGAAUUUCUUGGCCACCGAGACGGAUAGAUGUGUGUACCGCGAGGGUCUGCGAACGCUGACACGGUUGAUGCUUCAGACCAAGUUCGGCAAGGAGUACAUUGCCGGCGAGUCGGUGCCUCCCGUCCCCGGGAUGGAGGCUGUAUCUCUUGACGAUAGUGACGAGAAGCUGGACAGGCGGGUCGCGCUUACUGGGGUGACGACGUGGCAUUCAGGGGGUACUUGUGCUAUGGGCAAGGUUGUCGAUGCGGAGUUCCGUGUCAAAGGAGUGAAGGGACUGCGAGUUGUUGACGCUUCAGUCAUUCCCGUUAUCCCAUACAGUUUUAUCGCAGAGGAGGUCAUUCCACAGGAGGCUAUCCCACAGGAGGUUAUCCCACAGGAGGUUAUCCCAACGGAGGUUAUCCCAAAGGAGGUUGUCCCACAGGAGGUUGUCCCAACGUUGGUUAUCCCACAGGAGGUUAACCCACAGAAGGCUAUCCCACAGGUUACCCUAUAG